AUGGCAGAACCUCUUCCACCUGCGCUCAAAAUCCCCGAAGUCAGUCGCUUCAUCAAUCGCGCAAAUCAGCUGAGAAGCAUCAAGCCCGCCAUCGCAUACUGGUGUGAAUACCAUGCUGUCAACCAAAUCGUGGGAAAGAGCCUGCAUACCACCGACGACGAUACCUUUGAGUUCACAAAGACACUGAUCGAGCGCCUCGAGGCUACAAAGACGGAACGAGCUGAUGAUGAUGCGAUCGUCGAUAACGCUGCGGGACAAGCUUAUGUUGAGCAAUUUGCUCAGCAGACGUUUGAACGAGCUGAGCGCACCAUGCGCGCUAACAAGGUGACGAGACAAACUGCCGAUACAUUCGACGCUGCUGCAACGUUCUUCGACCUCACUCGCGAAUGGGGUGAACCCGACCCCGAAGUCGUCAAGAAGAUCAAAUUCGCCAAAUGGAACGCUGCUCGAAUCCUAAAGGCCAUUCGUGAAGGAAGGGAUCCCAACGAGACGAACCCCAAUGCCCCUGAGCCUGAACCAGAAGUUGCUCUCGACCCCUCCGAUCCUGAAGUCCAACUUCUAUCUGGAGCUCCUCGCGCUUCGGUUGAGGAUGCGCCAGAUGCCGGAGAACCUCCUAGUGUUCCUACAUUCACGGAUGCGCCGCCUAGAAUCCCAGAUGAUCCUGGAUAUUUCCCUCCUCAACCAGAGCAUCAGCCCCAGGCGCCUGAACCAUUCGUCCCAUCGCCUUUGAGUCAGAGUCCUACGCCAGGUCUAUCCGGUGGUCCUCCGCCUCCACCUGUUGGUCUACCACCUGCUGUUUCUCCAGUGCCAGAGUCCCCAGCACAGCCUGCGACACAGAUUCCUCCUCAACCAUCACCUCAAAUUCCCACCAAGCUCCCCUCGCAGUUUGCUCCUCCCCCGCCUGAACCAUUUACCCCUUCAGCACCUCCGUCCUGGACAACGACUCCGAGCGCUCCUCAUCCUGCUGCUUCAAACCCUCCACCUGUGAUCCGGCAAGCUCCUGCUCCUCAGCCUCCAGCACCAGCGCCUGUCCAGACUGCCGGGUUUACAACAGAUCAACGGGAUAUUAACCAGGCGCAGAAGCACGCCAAGUGGGCUAUAUCCGCACUCAACUUUGAAGAUGUGCCCACUGCAGUUCAAGAGCUACGCAAUGCACUUCGAAUGCUCGGUGCGCAGUAA